AGAGGUAGCGAGGAACAGACUGAUAGCAAGCCUGAAGGAUCUAGCUACCGAUAAUAGAAACGGGUGAAUGUGGUCAUGUUGCAGUUGCUGGGCUUGAAUUCGUGGAUCAUUGGCAGGACACCUAUUUUUUCUGAAGCGGCCUAGAGGAGCCUAUUAUUGGAAAGACCGAAACGCGCCACGCCGCUGGAGACACGGUCUCCCCAAACAAGAAUGGGGUCUAACGUUAGGUUCUUACGGCUAAGGUAAAGUGACCUUUAAUUGUAGUACCUAAUGGCAAAUUUUACAAAUUACCAAGACAGCAAAGCCGCUAUGUUGAUGCUGGAGACACAACAGAGGGCUCUGGGGACUAAAUCUUCGGCCACUGCGGCCAACGGCGACACCUCUGCCGGGGAACCCUCAUCUCCGUUAAUUAAUAUUGGCGGCGCUCGAUUCCAACACUUACCACCCUCCAAACCUCAGAACACCCAGCCGAAGGAUCACCAACAGUACCACUCUUCGCCUCAGCAACAGUUUUCUCAUGAAAAAUACCACCAUGAAUCCCCGGUGAGAAACUCAUCCUCCUGUAUUAACCCGGUAAUGUUAGAUGAGGAUUCCCCUGCCUCUGUUAGCAACGCACACACAGUAGCCUCAGCCGCUUGUGCAGCGAAUGCUAACGUUAGUGCCAUUACCUCUUCAGACGGGGUGGAUGAUAUACGAAAGUGUGGCUACUUGAGGAAACAAAAACACGGACAUAAAAGGUUUUUUGUGUUGAGGGCUUCAAGUCAUCUCGGGCCUAGCCGACUGGAAUAUUAUGACAGCGAAAAGAAGUUCAGAAAUAGCCUUCGAUCUGCCGCUGCUGCUUGUGCAACGGCUGCCUCUUCAUCUGGAACCGCGACCACCUCCUCUCCAAAAAGGGUUAUUUAUCUAUAUCAGUGUUUUACUGUAAACAAAAGGGCCGACUCGAAGAACAAGCACCUCAUAGCUCUGUACACUAAAGAUGAGUACUUUGCUAUUGUGGCGGAAAAUGAGCAGGAGCAGGAAGACUGGUACCUGGCUCUCAGCGAGCAGAUGAGUGAGGGCAAACGGGGGCAUGAUGAUGCUGAUGACUUGGAUGAUGGCUAUGGCACGGUAUUACCAGGCACCGUGUUCAAAGAGGUGUGGCAGGUGAACGUGAAACCGAAAGGUCUGGGGCAGAGCAAGAACCUGACUGGAGUGUACCGCCUGUGUCUCUCCUCCAAGAGCAUCCACUUAGUGAAACUGAACUCGGAGACCCCGUGUGUCAACUUGCAGCUGAUGAACAUCCGUCGCUGCGGCCACUCGGAGAGCUUCUUCUUCAUCGAGGUGGGUCGUUCGUCCUCCAUAGGCCCUGGAGAGAUCUGGAUGCAGGUAGAUGACUCAGUGGUGGCUCAGAGUAUGCAUGAAACCAUCCUAGAGACCAUGAAGGCUCUGAAAGCCUAUGCUGAGUUCCGGCCACGCAGCAAGAGCCAGUCCUCGGGUUCGAACCCCAUCGCGUUCAUCACGACGCGGCGUCACCUGGGCAACCUGCCGCCCAGUCAGACGGGGCUUCAACGCCGCUCCCGGACCGAGUCUGUGGUCGGCACUCCACCCAGCAGCAAGAGCAGCGCCGCCAGCGGCUAUCGCUUCCGGACGUCCAGCGAGGGCGAAGGUACGAUGAGCAGGCCCUUCCGCUCCGUGACGGGCAGCCUGCUCCACCUGAACUCUGCCCGCCUCAGCCUCGGGCGACAGGAGGGCUCGGCCUCCGCCAGCGGCGCCAGCAGCAGCAGUGGCGGCGGCGGGCGCUACGUUCGCGCCCUCGUGGGCUCCACCUACCACACGCGCUCGGCCUCGCUGCCCGUCUCCCACUUCCCCUCCACCAGCAGCCCCGUCAGCGUGUCCAGCAGCAGCGGGCACGGCUCGGUGUCCGACACGCUCACGCGCCCCUCCAGCGCCUCCCUGUGCGGCUCUCCCAGCGACGGCGGCUUCAACUCGUCCGACGAGUACGGCUCCAGCCCCGGCGACGUGCGCUACUUCCGCGUGCGCAGCAACACGCCGGACUCGCUGGGCAACACGCCGCCGAUCCGCGAGGAGCACGGCCUCAGCGACUACAUGGCCAUGGGCUGGCAGCGGGACGCCGGUGGCGCGUCGGCCGGAGACAUGGGCGCCCUGCGAGACGACGGCGGCGGCGGCGCGGAAGACGACCGACCCGCCAACUCCGUGCGCCGACGGACGCCCUCCUUCUCCCGGCAGGUGGGCGGCGGCGGCGGCGGCGGAGUGGCCAUGUACCAGAAGAUGACCCAGACUGCCCUCUCGCUGGACGAGGUGGCGGGAGAGGGAAGCCUGUCGUCCUCCCUGCGCUCGGACUACAGCUCCUCCUCGGACCACAGCCAGGCCCGAGCGCCUCGGGCUCCUCUCAGCCCGGGCCCGGACGACGGCUACAUGCCCAUGAUGCCCGGCGCGGGCUCUGCCCUCACGCCCAUGAGCGACUCGGAUUACAUGCCUAUGCAACCCAGGGCUGCGCUCUCCCCUACCCUGUCCCCGCAGGCGCACGGCUACAGGCAAUCCACCCAGCAGCAGCAGCAGCAGCAGCAGCAGGAGGCAGACGCCCGGGGCUACAUGAUGAUGCUGCCGCGUGCGGGUCGAUCCCCCGCGCCGCAACCCGCCCAUCCCAGCGGCGCCAUCUCGGAGCCGCCCGGGCACGGAGAGUACAUGGACAUGACUUCGGCGAGGGCGCAUCAUCAUCAUCAGCAGCACCCUCCUCCCGGCGAUGCCCACUGUGCGCGUGCCAUCCCGCCGGAGUUGUCCACGCCGUACUUCUCGCUCCCGCGCUCCUACAAGGCCCCCGCCAGGGAGGGAGGGAGGGAGAGCCACCCGCGGGACGAGUACGUGCCCAUGAGCUCGCCGGCGAAGCCCUCCGUGGACCCGUCGCCCCUGUCUCUCGCCAGCUGCAGCGGCGGCAGCACCACCGACCCGCGGGCCCACAGCCGCGCCGUCCGCCCCACGCGCCUGCCCCUCGGCCGGCGCAGCUUCCACAGCGCCCUGCGGGAGGCGCCCUCCAGCCCCGGCGAGUACAUCAACAUCCAGUUCGCCGAGCGCCCGCCCGCCUACGCGUCCCCCCCCUCCGGCUCGGCCUUCUCCAGCGCUCAGGAGAAGCAGCAGCAGCAGUCCUCCUCCUCCGCCGCCGCCGCCGCCAACGCCACCCCUCCUCCGCCCCCGCACCACCCGCAGGACGACUACAUGAGCCUGGACGUGGCCGACAGCUGCUGUCCCGCACAAGCGCCGCGUCCGUCUCUCGUGGCCCCCUGGAACCCCCCGACGUACAUCCGCCCGGUGACCUCGGCGGCGGCGAGCGGCAACCCGCCGGACGACUACACGGAGAUGACCUUCGGCCUGGGCAGGGCCGAGGCCGGCAGCCCCAGCGCCAUGCUGCAGCACCUCUGCGCCCUGGACCCGCACUACGCCGCGCCGCUCGCGCCCCCGCAGGCCGAGCCCAAGGUCAUCCGCGCCGACCUGCAGGGUCGGCGGCGACACAGCUCCGAGACGUUCGCCUCGGCGUCCGCGCCGGGGCCGACCGGCUCGGGCGGCGGCGGCGCCGCCUGCACCAGCGCCACCUCCACCUCCACCUACUCCUCGUCCUCGCGCCAGGCCGCCGACAGCAACCGCUGGCAGAGCUCGGGCUCGUUCGACAACGUGUGGAUGUGCGUCGACGGAUCCAACGGUACGCAAGGCGGCGCUGCCGCCGCCACUGCAGCCGAAGCGGCUGCCCCUGCGGACGUAGCCGAAGGCUCGAAUCCGGCGUCCGGAUAUAUGUGUCGUGGCGUGUCCACGGGAUAUCAGAAUGGCCUCAACUACAUCGCCUUGGACUUGCGGGAAGACGGCCGCCCCAGCGGCCCUCUUGACGUGCCCCCCUCACCUGCUGCAGGUGUACCCCUCCUGGAGAACGGGGCCUAUGCUAGCAUAGACUUCACCAAAUCGGAAGGGCUCACCAGCACAUCUACAGAUUGAAGGUUUGGACCCUUUUCGCUGGUUGAUGUCUUCUGAUCGGCCCGACUCCCGUCACCUCCCGUCACUUCAAGACCGGCCAGACGGUGGCCUUCCAUUGACCCGCCCACUGUUACCGUUUGUUUCUCACUCGUCGUGCCUCAGCAAGCUGCUGCACUGGCAUUUUUGAUUUGCAUUAAUUAUUUUUUUUCAAAUGAUAAUUAUAGUUAUCAUUGAACAGCACAAAAUGGAAGAUAGACCCUGAAGCUCAGACUGGUUGGGACAGAUCUGGGGGAGAUAUAUAUAUAUUAUAAACGCAUACGCAUUUCUCAUGACUUACAUGCCCCUGUUGUUUACUGCCACAGAUUGAAGUUUUAAUUUUGACACUGAUCACUACAGGUACUGGCUUUGGCGUCUCUAUCGGAUUGGUAUUGGGUACUUUUUGUUUGUAUGAUUGAGUUUAUUUUGAAGACUUCUUUUAGCGUUCUUUCUCUCUGAGGUGUUCUCUGUUCCGUUUUCCUGCAGUCUCAGCAGUCUCCGCUCGACUCCUCGUGUUUAAGUGAGAGAAAGUGAGGUGUCUGUGUGUGUGUGUGUGUGUGUGUGUUUGAGAGAAAGUGUGAGCGAGAGUGAGUGUGCGAAAGAGAGAGGGAGAGGGUUUGAGGUAGGUGAUGACGUAAAGGGGUUCCAGUAACCCUCUGCCAAACUAUAGGUGUGACGUGCUGUGCAUUCCAGCAGUUGGAUACUGCUCCGCCUCCCCUCCGCCCCUCUGUCCUUCCUCCCCACAUCGGCCCCCUACGCAAGCUCUAUUCCCCCACCCACACCCACACCCACACACGUCCAAACUCCACUCAAACCCACACACCCAAACUCUUCCUGGCUUUGCCAAGAAUGCAGGAAUCGCUGGGAGGGAGGGAGGGAGGGAAUGAGGAAGAGAAAUGAGGAGAGCAAAAGAGAAAGUAGGAUUUGCCCUGGAACUGAUCAAAAACAGCUCAAAUCUAAGCCAGAGGAAGUUACGAAAAGCCUGUUAACAAGGCGUGCAUUUGGUCAGUUUAACGCUAUGUAAACAGCACUAUUAUCUCUGUUGCCGAUAACGAUAAUAAUACAAAUAAUAACAAACAAACAAACAAGCAAAGUUUAAGGUACCUUCUGAGAACAAACGGCCAACACCUCAGAGAAUAAAGAUGCGCUUUAUAUUGCAGAUGGUACAGGUGUCGUGGCAGGUAAAAACAGGGUUCUUUUACGGUCAGGCCUUUAAGGGUGCAGGUUGAGGAUGCUGUUGGGGCAGGAUGCUAAUUGAAAUGUUCAGUCCUCUAAAUAUGUGCCUCACCUUUUAGCUCCUGGAUUUGGGGAAGGAAAAAUAGGCACAAAAAAAGUUUUUAUGAAGUUGUGAAAGGGGAUUGCAAUAAAGCUGAUUCCUGUUGUGAUGUUAUAGCAUAUUUUUUUUGUCCUCGAAAUGUGCCAUGAUCUGUUUCUCUCUCUCUCUCUCUCUCUCUCUCUCUCUCUCUCUCUCUCUCUCUCUCUCUCUCUCUCUCUCUCUCUCUCUC